GAUUGAAUAAAACUAAAACUUCAAGAAAACGACUUUGGAGUUCUCAAACGAUGAAUCCACCAAAAGCAAUCUUCAUGCUCUUCCUCUCCAUCUUCUUCUUCUUAGAUUAUGUCUCUGCUCAAUCUCCUCCUCCUCCUCCUUUUCUGUACGCAGCCAACGGCCUCUUUCAGCCGAGUUUAGCCAUCAUCACCGGAGUGUUCUCCAUCGUCUUCACACUCACCUUCGUUCUCCUCAUCUACGCCAAAUGCUUCCACAACGACCUCAGAUCGGAGACCUACGAAGACGGAGAGAUAGGACGACUAGAUCGUCUAUGGCAAGGACUCUUCAGCCAAUCUUCUCGAUUCUCAGGUCUCGACAAAGCAGCAAUCGAAUCUCUUCCCUUUUUCAGAUUCUCUGCUUUGAAAGGAUCGAAACAAGGUCUUGAAUGUUCUGUUUGUUUGUCUAAAUUCGAAGAUGUUGAGAUUCUUAGGCUUCUGCCUAAAUGCAAACACGCUUUUCAUAUAGAGUGUAUUGAUGAGUGGCUUGAGCAGCACGCUACGUGUCCUUUGUGUAGAAACAGAGUCUCCAUUGAGGACGAGCUCUCUGUUUUUGGUGGUGGUAGUAACAAUAGUAUGAGAAUCAUGAGUCAGUUAUCUGAGUCUAGAGAAGAAGAAUCGAGCAUGGAGAUUUACAUCGAACGCGAAGAAGGAAUCAGAGAUGGCUCUUCGAGAUUCAGCAGCUUCCGGAAGAUACUCAACUUUGGUAAAAACGAUAACUCGUUGUCGCUUGUGGAACAAGGCAACGAGAAAUGUCUGCACAAGUUCAAUCAUAGGAUCGUUGUUUCAGAUGCUGUGUUUAAGAACCGUUGGAGUAAUGUGACUCCAGCUGAUUUGACCUUUUUGACAUCGAACAUGUUGAGUUCGAUGUCAAGCGACAGAUUCUCGUCCAUUGAUCGAGUGGAGAGAGGUGACUUGCGUGACAAGGAAGAGAUUGAUAUGAAGAGAAUGGUUAAUAAUAACAAAGAUUCUACUAGAAGAGUGUUUUCUGAGAUCACCGCUGUUCCUAGACUCAGCGGUAUGGACGCUUCUACAGCUUCUACGUCGAGGAGUGAUGUGAUUGCUGCGGUGGAGGAAAGAAGAAGAAGGUUGUGGUUGCCGAUUGCUAGAAAGACGGCUCAGUGGUUUGUUAACAGAGAGAAAAAGAAUGAACUAAAAACGACGGGACAAGAUCUUAACGUUUAGUUUUUUUUUUUUUAUAAAAAAGGUCAUUGACAAUUUGAAGUUAUUUUUACAGAGAUAGUUAAGUUUGCUGAAUAAAAUUAGGUUAAAUGCUUGGUGUUUAUGUCUUUGUGUACAUACAUUGUGGAUUGAUUAUGAACAAAGUUUUGGCCAAUGGUGAUAUACAUUUAUUAAAUUGGAUUUAUUUGAUUUUUGAGUAGUAUACAUAUAUAUUACAGAACACAGGCGAAAACUUAGUGAUACACAUUUGUCUGAUAAUAUCUUUCUGUAGAUAACUAGACACACCUGUCGGAAUUAUUUUGUAGGAUUUCCGAGUAAAUAGUAGUAUAAGAAAGUAGUAUACUUCUCUUAAAAUAUAAUUUAAAAAGUGUGAAGACUACUACUACUAUUGUUAGAAAACAUGUCAGACACUAAGUUUCCAUACGUUUAGUUUUUAAUUAGCAGAUGAUUUGGCGCCGUGGGAUCUAAUCAAUAUACACAUUCUUAAUAGAAUUAUAUCGUUCUCCUCUGUGUAUUGUUAUCCACUCUAGAAUAAAAGUGUUGGAUAGAAAA